UUCAAAGAAAAGCGUGGUGUGAUAUUGCGUGAUAUGAUUAAUUGAGGGAAUUUUAAGAAAAAUGUGUGUCAGCACAACGAUUUUAUUCUUAACGACAGAUUUGGUUUUAAAAUAACCAAAAAAUGGGGAGAUGUAAAUUUUGAUUUACCUUUAUGUGUAGGAUUUAGCUUCGAAAUUGGUAGGAAAAAUGAGUGAAGAUAAAAAGAAAAGGGUUGCAAAAUGGUACUUUGGAGGAUUGGGCUCUUGUGGAGCUGCUUGUAUAACUCACCCUUUGGAUACGAUAAAAGUUAUGUUGCAAACUCAACAACAAGUUAAGAUGGGUAUGGGACAAAUGGCUAUUCACGUCGUUAAAACUCAAGGAUUCUUUUCACUUUACAAUGGAUUAUCGGCGUCACUUCUUCGUCAACUCACUUAUUCCACGACUCGUUUCGGAAUUUACGAAUACAUGAAGAGCGUUUCUGAUCCUAACGAUAUGACUUUUGUAAAAAGGGUGGGUAUGGCUGCGGUGGCGGGUGCUGCUGGUGGUUUAGUGGGAACCCCCGCUGAUAUGGUUAAUGUCCGUAUGCAGAAUGAUAUUAAAUUACCGCUGGAACAACGGAGAAAUUAUUCGAACGCCGUGCAUGGAUUAUUUAGCGUGGCGAAACAAGAAGGUGUUGGAAAAUUAUUUAAUGGGGCUACAAUGGCUACAAGUAGGGCUGUUUUUAUGACCAUCGGACAAUUAUCGUUUUAUGAUCAAAUCAAAAUUUUAUUAUUAAGUACAGGGUUUUUCCAAGACAAUUUAACAACUCAUUUUACAUCUAGUUUAGUUGCUGCUGGUUUUGCAACGUUACUCACUCAACCUCUUGAUGUUUUAAAAACAAGAUCGAUGAACGCCAAACCGGGCGAAUUUAAAAGUUUAGGCGACUUAAUAAUGCACACUGCUAAAUUAGGACCAGCCGGUUUCUUCAAAGGAUUCAUCCCAGCAUUUUUCAGGCUUGGUCCACAUACGAUAUUAACUUUUGUAUUUUUUGAGCAACUUCGAAUGAAUUUCGGUUUGAAUCCGUCCUAUGAAGAGAAAAAAUCGUAAUUAAUUAUACAUAAGUGUCCAAAAUGAAUAUUUUAAGAGAAAUAAUUAUUUAAUAAGCAUAAUUGGCGAAUUAUACAGGAUUAUUCAGGAUUAUAUACAGAGUAACUUCAGGACAUAUCCGUCUAACUAUUGAACAACGAUACAUUCCUAUUUUUUGAACCUCAAAUAGAGGUGAAAUUAUCUUUGCUGCUAUUGCAUGGUUUUUUUAAACAUUUACAUACAUUAUAUUGUAAUUCCAAUUGAAACAUUCCAAUUAUUUAUUGCAUAUUGCAUAAAGAGAUAUUUUAAUGAAAUCGAUGUUAUUAUAAAAUAUUAAAAGAAUUGAAAUUAUUUAUAAAUAUGUAGGUGGUGUCAGUAUGUGAAUAAAGAAUUGAUUUAUCGAUGUUAA